AAACCAGAUUACAUUUAUUGUUCAUAAGAUUUUGUUUUUAUUUGAUUUUUAUAAUGUAAUUAAAGGUGGGAAAUGCUGUCCAGUCUUGGAUAGAUCUUCAUCAAAGGAGAGCUUUUGUUCAAUAAAUCUAAUCAGUAGAGCUUUUAACGCAGAGAAAGCAACAAGUGGCUACAGAAAUCAGGAGAUCAUGGCAACCGUCGGAAGAAACGCGACCUUUGACCUCAGUCCCAAGGCCCUGGUGGGCGUGGGCGUCGGACUGGUGGCUGUGGGCGGGGCCAGUUACCUACUGUACCGCCACCUGACCCGCGAUGUAAUGCCCCAAAAGUGGCGACGUGUGGGCACUGUGCAGAGGAUUCACUUCUUUCCGGUCAAGUCCUGUGCUCCUCUGGAGAUCGCUCAGCCUGACGUGGAGUACGACGUCGAUGUGCUCAGCAUGUCCUUUGAGGGAAUAAGGGAUCGCACCUUGAUGGUGGUCAAUGACCAGAACGAGAUGGUCACGGCUCGGGUGUAUCCACAGAUGACCCAGAUCCACUCAAAGAAGGUUUCGCCCAGUAAGCUGCUCUUUAACGCCAAGGACCUACCCGACCUGGAGUUGGAUUUUGAAAAGCUUGAGGGUCCCGAAAAGGAUGUGCGCACCGCCGUUUGGGGCGUGCCCGUGGACGUGAUGCCCUGCGGGGAUCGGAUCAACAAGUGGUUCUCCCAGGCCAUUCUAAAGAAGGAUUCCGGCCUCAAGCUGGUUCACUAUGCCUAUCCAAAGCCAGUGAUGACUAUUAAUCCGCGGCUCAAAAAUAUGCCCUUCAUUAGACAGGAGGAUUCGGGCACCUUUAACGAUGCCACCAGUUAUAUGCUGAUGAACCUUUCGUCGGUGGCUGAUCUUAACACCCGACUAAAGAACCCUGUGGAUGCACAGCAGUUCCGCGGUAAUUUCGAACUGAAAAUGGAUGUGGAUGAGCCCUAUGCCGAGGACAACUGGAAAUGGCUUCGCAUUGGGGAUGAUGCUGUUUUCCGUUCGGUGGCGCCCUGCACCCGAUGCAUUUUUCCGAACAUCAAUGUAAGGACGGCUGAAAGGGACCCCGAUGGGGAACCACUUAAGACCUUGAGGAGCUACCGAUUGUUCAACUACAGCUCGCCGGCCCUGGGCAUUCACUUGGGACUUCGGCUGCCGGGAAAGGUCAAGGCCAACGAUGUGGUUUACGUUGGGUACCAGUGAACCCUUCUAGGCCUUUUCCAGUAACGAGUUUAUUAUAUGUACAUAGCUUUUAGUAUGAAAGUACCGUGGGUGGGUUUCCAUGAGUACCAGACUGGAAUCGGGAAGAAGAGGGAUCAGGGACCUUAGAAGGUUCAGAGAUAAGAAAGUGUAUGCACCUCUACAGGAUUUCCAUGGGUUUGACGACCUUCUCAAUAUGUGAAGAUGUUGCGAUGGUCUUUUUGGUCAACCAGACAUUGAAGUAAAGGAAGAUUGCUGGGGAACAGAGGUAUUCCUAAGUUCUUGAGAACUUAGAACUUUAAGAACUUUGAUACACAAAUGUAAACAAAUUUACCGGCUGCUUCACUGAUAACAGUUAUCGAUUAAAGUGUAGACGGCAGU